AUGCUUGUAACACUGCCAAUUAAUAUAUUCGGAGGAUACUGUAUUAUCAAAAAAACACCGAGAAACAGAAGAAGUGCAAGAUGGUAUCUUCUGCAUUUACAUGCUUGGACAAUAAUAUCGGAUGUGCUCAUCGGCGGUCUCGUUUGCCCGUACAUGUUUUUCCCGGUGCUCGUCGGAAUUUCGGUUGGAGUGUUCAGUUGGUUUUCAGUUCCCGUGUGGAUUCAGGUGUUUUGUGCACAAGUUGGAUUGGGCGGACUGGCCACUGCAAUAGUGAUGCUUUUUGAGAAUCGUCACAAUACUUUGGUCCGUGGAAAAUUCAAAAUCGAAGCUGAUUGGAUUCGAUACACAUUCUAUGGAGUCAAUGGAAUAUAUGCACUUCUAUUCCUUCUUCCUGUCUACUUCAGAAUACCGGAUCCAGUAUGGGCGAAACCGAUUCUUCUAAAAAUACUUCCAUGCCCUCAUCCAUCAUAUUUCCAAGAUAAUGUGUUCGUUUUUUCAAUGGAAAUCUCAACAGUUACUGGUUCCGCAGGAGUUUUUCUUCUGUUUUUUCUUGCUGAAGUCUUUAUUCUUUGUAUUCAUUCAAGUUAUUUUUUACUCAGUCUGAAAACUCACAUGUCUGCGGCAACGAGAAAAUUACAGCAAAAGUUUUUUGUUGAUAUGAUAUUUCAGGUCUCUGUUCCAGUCGGAGUUAUUGUACUACCAAUGUUAUAUUGUUUUUAUUCGAUUGUUUGGCAGCAAUACAAUCAAAUGCUCAACAACAUUGCGAUCAUGUGUAUUUCUCUACACGGAAUGGGCUCAACAAUCACAUUAAUCUGGCUGAAUCCGACAUAUCGCGAGUUCACAUUGUCUUUCAUAACUUGUUUCAAAUAUGAUCCAAUGAUUCGAAGAAGUUCCGUGAUGACCGUGUCACCCGCUACAAUAACACAACAACAUUCUCCGAAAUUUUGA